CAUGUUCCUCAGUCUAAUUUAUUAGUGUGUCUCCUUUUGACUCUCUUAUUAGUGAGUUGUUAUUAAUAAAAGGCCAAUAAUGAGCUCUCAAGUUCUAGCCACAAUUUUCCAUUUUGUGGCUUUUGCGUAUUAUUGCUACAUCUACGCAUAUUACAAGAUGGAAGUUGAUUUAAAACUCCCACAUCAUAACUCGUUUGGGGGAGAUCUCAAGUUUCUUACUGUCUGGUGUACGCUUUUCCAGAUACUGUAUUUCUUUGUAUGCUGUGUGACGGACCUGAUCCUUACUUCAGGUAGCAGAACUAAAAUAGGGCAGACUUUUCUUGGCCUCAGAGAUUGGUUUUACUGCUCUGUAGCAUUUCCAAUAACAUUGCUAGUUGGAUUGAUGUACUGGGGUAUCUACGCUAUAGAUAGAGAGUUGAUCUACCCUGUACGGAUCCAAGACGUAUAUCCUAUGUGGCUUAGUCACUGUAUGCACACCUACAUAGUUUUCAUUAUGCUGCUUGAGGCAUACUUGUUGAAACAUAGACAACCAUCGAGGAAAUCAGGAAUGUUGGGUUUACUUGUCGUUGGCUUGUCUUAUUUAUUAUGGAUGCUUUACCUAGGUUUUGUGAAAGACUUGUGGGUGUAUCCUUUCCUGCAAGAAUUAGAAGGCAUCUACUUUGUCAUCUUUGUAUUGGCAACUGCAUCCUUCCUAGCAGCCUUGUACUUUGCAGCUGAGCGGUGCAACCUGGUUUUUGGAAAAAACAAACCUGAUCCUGAUCUCAUGUAUUCCAAGAUUGAUUGAGGAGCAUUCCAUCUCAGCGAUCAUCAACCUGAUGAGUUUCAACAACCUGGGGACCGUUUCAUAAAGAUGUUCUUAAGUUAAGAGCGACUUUAAGAACGACUGGUGAACCCUUAAGCGCUAAAC